GUUUUGUGAUGCAAUCAGUGAACAAGGUCAUUUCUGAUCGUCAACAAACCCAAGCCAACAACCAUUGCCGUCGACUAUUCAUCGUCAAUCGGCUUUUCAGUCCGCCCACUAGCUACAAGGCUCUUUGCUUUGACUCGUGUUAGCAAGAGGAUCUGUGGUUUUUUUUUUUCUUUUCUGUCGGCCGGCCAGCUUGGGCUGAGCAAGGCGGCUGACCAACCCAGUCGAAAUCCUCGGCAUCACGACUUCAUCCAUAUCGAACCGAUCGAACCCCUACAAUUUCGAAAUCAUUCAUAGACUAGAAGACGAAAAUGGGUGUUUGCAGCUCAUCAUGCUGCGGAGGAGCCGCGAGGGAGGGUUUGUACGAGCCUGCGCUUGCAGAUAAUGAGCGAGAGGCCGUCGCCGACCUUCUCACGUACCUCGAACACCGAAACGAGACCGAUUUUUUCUCCGGCGAGCCCCUGAGGGCACUGAGCACACUCGUAUACUCCGAUAACCUGGAUUUGCAAAGAAGCGCCAGUUUGACGUUUGCAGAGAUUACAGAAAGAGGUGCGCAGAAAAUCACCGUGGCAGCAUCGAAAGAUGGAAUAGCGCAUGGACAUAUCGAGCGCUGGUUGGAGUGGGCUUUAGGUGUGCCUGGCGCUAACUGUUUGAUUUUAGAUGUGCGCGAGGUUGACCGUGAUACUCUUCAUCCAAUCCUGUUCCUUCUGGCUAGCGAUGACCUUGAGGUGCAACGGGCCGCAAGUGCUGCGCUUGGCAACCUGGCAGUUAAUCCCGAGAACAAAGUCAAGAUUGUGGCUCUCGGAGGUCUGAAUCCGUUGAUCAGGCAAAUGUGUUCCGCAAACGUUGAAGUGCAAUGCAACGCCGUCGGAUGCAUCACCAACUUGGCGACACAUGAAGAGAACAAGGCCAAGAUUGCUAAGUCUGGGGCCCUAGGCCCUCUCACCCGCCUUGCCAAAUCCAAAGAUAUGCGCGUCCAGCGGAACGCCACAGGUGCACUGCUCAACAUGACUCACUCAGAUGAAAACCGGCAACAGUUGGUUAAUGCCGGUGCUAUACCGGUUCUAGUCCAGCUUUUGACAUCGUCUGACGUCGAUGUGCAAUACUAUUGCACAACCGCUUUGAGUAAUAUUGCUGUCGAUGCUACAAACCGCGCCAAGCUGGCACAAACAGAACCCAAGCUUAUACAGUCGCUUGUUGCCCUAAUGGAGUCAUCGUCACCGAAGGUCCAGUGUCAAGCAGCACUUGCUCUCAGAAAUCUGGCGUCGGACGAGAAGUACCAGCUCGACAUUGUCCGCGCGAAUGGUCUUGCUCCACUUCUUCGUCUCCUGCAAUCGUCAUACCUGCCUCUGAUCUUGUCUGCUGUGGCCUGCAUUCGGAAUAUCUCGAUUCAUCCUUUGAACGAGUCACCAAUCAUUGAGGCUGGCUUCUUGAAGCCUCUGGUGGACUUGCUCGGAUCAACCGACAAUGAAGAAAUACAAUGCCACGCCAUUUCUACAUUGAGGAACCUCGCCGCGAGCUCCGACCGCAACAAGGAGUUGGUCCUCGAAGCAGGUGCCGUUCAGAAAUGCAAACAACUCGUUCUCGACGUACCCAGCACAGUGCAGUCGGAAAUGACUGCCGCUAUUGCGGUGCUAGCUCUUGCUGAUGACUUGAAGCUGAUACUGCUGAGCCUGGGGGUCAUGGAUGUACUCCUGCCGCUGACGCAGUCUACAAGCAUCGAGGUUCAAGGAAACAGUGCGGCGGCGCUGGGCAAUCUAUCAUCGAAAGUGGGUGACUAUUCUAUGUUCAUUCAGUGUUGGACGGAGCCUGCUGGAGGCAUCCACGGGUAUCUGAGCAGGUUUCUAGCAAGUGGUGAUGCUACAUUUCAACACAUUGCAAUGUGGACAUUACUACAGCUGCUUGAGUCAGAAGACAAGAAGCUUGUGGCCCAGGUGGGCAAGUCUGAGGAUAUUGUGGAAAUGAUUAAGGGGAUAGCCAACCAACCUGUCGAUUCCGACAACGAAUACGACGACGACGACGAAGGUGAAGUGGUCAACUUGGGCCAACGUUGCUUGGAGCUCUUGGGCCUCAGCAACUCAAAAUCACACAUUGAAGGCUAAAGGACAGUCUGGACUUUCAUUUGUAUAUUUUUUUUUCGCGGUUCUCGGCCGCAUGGUUUGAGGUUCAAGGGUUCAGGACCACCAAUCUUUCCGGCAUCCUCUGGACAUUGGGCGGGCGCGGUGUUCGUGGCGUAUGCUUAUAUUUUCUGCUUACUUGCCCUUGUAAAUUCAGAGCAGGGGUCAGGUCAUACCCUCAUUCUUAUAAUAGUCUCGUCCGUGAGGCGGUAUACUCUUUCAUUUUGGAGGACGGCGUAAAGCGAACGUCCAUUUAGCAUGGAAAGGUGACCUGACAUAAGUUGGAAGGUUUUGGGUCUGCAUAUUUGUCUUUGUUUUUAAUGUUGACUAUUAGCUGAAAGCUUUGAUGGUUGAUAUUUUGUGGGUUGACAAUUGAAUUGAUGAUACUGGUG